UUCAGUCUUCAGCUGUGUGGGAAUGGACUGCCAGUGCCGGAACUUCCACUGGGAUGUUCUCGGACAUCAUGCGGCUGUGUGUGAGUGUGUUCUAGUAUGUGUGUGUGUGUUUGUGUGUACACGUGCAUCUGAGAGGGGGUCAAAUAGGUGCAAGCAAUCAUGGCUGUGAACCGAGUAUCUCAACUGUGCUUUGACAUCACCAGGCUUUGGCUGCAACUGAAGAUGAUGACAGAUGAUAUUUUACAGACAGAAGGUCUUCCUUUAUGUGCAGCACAAAUUGGCACUGAACUCCAGAAGCAGUUUGCCACCCUACCAGGGGGCCGCGGGACUGAUGGCAGCCCCAUCAUCAUCUUCCCAGAAUUCCCUGCUUUCAGCGAACUGGAAGAGCAUGAGCUCAAAAAUGUGUUUAACUACCUCACUACUGUGCCCAGCAUUGCCGCAUCAGGAGUAGGAUUCAUUCUAGUCAUCGACAGGCGACUGGACCGAUGGGCCGCUGUAAGGGCUACCCUGCUCCGAAUCGCAGGCUCCUUCCCAGCGAAUGUAAACUUGGUUCUGGUGUUGCGUCCCACGACAUUGCUGCAGCGGGCACUGUCAGACUUCCUCUUCAAGUUCAGCAAGGAUGAGUUCAAAAUGAAGGUGGUCAUGCUGAGUUCGGUGACCGAGCUCCAUGCCUACAUCGAUCCAGGACAACUAACCACGGAUUUGGGGGGGGUGCAAGAAUACUGCCAUGAAAGCUGGAUUUCACACCGAACUGCAAUUGAAGCGUUUGCUCUCAUGGUGAAGACGACUGCUCACACUCUGCAGGCCUUUGGCACAGAGCUUGCAGAGACAGAAUUGCCCAACGAUGCUGAGGCCACUACCAGUCUGCUGCACUCGCAUUCUCUAAAAAAAGACAAAAUGAAGGAGGACCUACAGGUGUCGCAAUCUCAAGGUGCACGCCUAUUGGAGUGCAUCAAUGAGCCUUUUCAGACUGACAUGGAAUACCAUAUGACCCAUGAUGAGCUGGAAAACUUAGCCACUGUUCAGCGACUUCUGGGACAGCUCGACGAGACCGAGACAGCAUUUGACGAUUUCUGGGAACGCCACCGCUCCAAGCUGGAGCAGUGUUUGCAGCUUCGCCAUUUUGAGCAACACUUCCGUGAAGUACGCUCCCAACUUGAUGCAACGUCAGAACGGUUACGUGGUUUCUCAGAGGUCAGCGUAAAUCCUGCCCAUGCUGAGCACGUCCUCCGAGAGCUCAACUGUCACGAGGAAAAGGCUUGUGAGGUUCUGGACUAUGCCCUGUCGCUUGCCAGCGAAGGCGACGGGCUGAUCGAGAGCGCUCACUAUGCAGAAGACUCCAUUCGGCCGAAGUGCUGCCAGCUGAGAGCAGUGUGUGAUGAUAUCAGCUCUACUCUGAGGGACAAGAAGAAACUCCUUUUAACGGCAAUGGAGCUCCACCAUGCCCUGGAGAAGGCCUCCUGUUGGUGCGAAGAGGGAAUUUAUCUGUUGGCAAGCCAGCCAGUGGACCGAUGUCAGUCUCAAGAUGGAGCUGAGGCUGCUCUUCAAGAAUUGGAACGAUACCUGGACACAGCGCCGCUUCACACCCUCAUCGACUGCAGCGCCAUCUGCUGCCAAUAUGAGGCGGUGCUCACUACUCAGCUCAGGGACCAGGUAGAGAGAGUUUUCCAGAAGCAAAGCUCCGUCCAGCAGAUGUUUGAUAAGAGACGCAUCAGCCUGAAAAAACUUGCUGCCAAACAGACACGACCAGUUCAGCCAGUGGCUCCAAGACCAGAAGUCAAGUCUCCACAUGCAUCUCCCAAUCAACAGAGAAAAGAGAGGAGAUACUCAGCAGAUAAUGCCCUCUGCAAAAAGGUGGAGUCUCCUAUACACAAUGGCAGCACCAGACAUGCCUCCCUCUCCGAGGAAGAAGAAAACCUUGCUGUCCUGAGACGUCACGUGAUGAAUGAACUGCUGGAAACGGAAAGAGCAUAUGUUGAGGAGCUCCUGUGUGUUUUAGAGGGCUACGCGGCAGAGAUGGACAACCCUUCCAUGGCUCACCUCAUCCCCAGUAUGCUGCUUAGUAAGAAAGACAUCUUGUUUGGAAACAUGUCCGAAAUCUACCAGUUUCACAAGAGGACAUUUCUGAAGGAACUAGAGGCAUACACUAACUGUCCUGAACUUGUGGGCCGCUGCUUUUUAGAAAGAAUGAAGGACCUGCAGAUCUAUGAGGCUUACUGCCAGAAUAAACCUCGCUCUGAGAGCUUAUGGCGACAGUGCUCUGAUUGUGCCUUCUUCCAGGAAUGUCAGAAAAAGUUGGAACAUAAACUUGGACUGGACUCCUACCUCCUUAAACCCGUCCAAAGAAUCACUAAGUACCAGCUGCUGCUGAAGGAAUUGUUAAAGUACAGUAAAGGUUGCGUUGGCUGUGACGACCUCCAAGAAGCUCUGUCUUCCAUUUUGGGCAUCCUGAAAGCUGUCAACGAUUCCAUGCACCUCAUUGCCAUCACAGGCUAUGAGGGUAACCUCUCCGAGCUGGGUCGUUUGCUGAUGCAAGGCUCCUUCAGCGUGUGGACGGAGCACAAGAAAGGGCAUGCUAAAGUCAAGGACCUGGCCAGGUUCAAGCCCAUGCAGAGGCAUCUGUUCUUGCAUGAGAAGGCCCUGCUCUUCUGCAAGAGGAGGGAGGAGAAUGGCGAGGGAUACGAAAAAGCUCCAUCUUACAGCUUCAAACACUCUCUCAAUAUGAGUGCAGUGGGAAUUACAGAGAAUGCAAAAGGAGACUACAAGAAGUUUGAGGUUUGGUGUAAUUCACGAGAGGAAGUGUUUAUUGUCCAGGCUGCAACGGCUGAGAUCAAAACAUCGUGGGUCAAUGAGAUCCGCAAGGUUCUCACCCAACAGCUCAAAGCCUGCAGAGAUGCCAGCCAGCAGAAGAGCUGUGACUCCCCAAACCACACCACCAACUGCUCCAUCUCCCUCAGCCCCUUCCGGAGCAGCAGUCUAAAGAACCAGAAAAAGCAGGAGGACAAGAAGGCGGAGGCGAGCCCCGUGUCCGACAACAGCUCUUCACUUGCCAAACACAAAGAUGAGACUGUGACAAGUCCAACUGCAGACAGGUCCUCAGUGGCUAAAAAGCGUUUUACUUUACAGGGCUUCAGCAAUCUCAAGAGUCCAAAAGGCUCGGGCCUGAGCCCAGAGCACGGUGCCAAGCAACUCUUGGUCAAGAGUGACCCAACUCCUUUUGGGUUGAAAGGCUGGACCAAAGUGUCGCUCUCAGUGGAUGCCUCUGAGGAGAAUGAUGGCUACUCCAGUGGCGAGGAGCCGUUGAACUCUGACCCUGAGGAUGAUGCAGGACUGAAACUGAUUCCGGGGAAGUAUACAGUGGUAGCAGACUCCGAGAAGGCGGGACCUCACGAGCUGACAGUUAAGAGCGGCGAUGUGGUGCAGCUCAUCAGAGAGGGAGAGGAGGGCCAGUGGUUUGUGAAGAACCUUCGCACCAGCAAGGAGGGCUGGAUGGCACAGGCAAACCUACUAGGCCUAAUAUCGGAAUCCAAGUCAUCUCAGUCACUCAGCAGCUCAGAUGACAGUGUCUCUGGAAACCUUAGCACUUCCUCCAGCUGCAGUGAAACCUACACCAGCUUCUCAGACAUCAAACCUUGAACCGUCCAGCACCACAGAAAACAAAGUGUUGCGGCAUCAGCAAUCGCUACCAGUAUUUUAGCAGAAUGCUACAUGCUAGUUACAGUCUCUCUGUGUUCAAUUAUGUAGCACUAACAUGGACACGUCUCAACAACGUCUGCGCUAGAUUUUUGUUGCGUACUGCUGGCCAGUGAGUUAUAGCGAGUACAAUUUAGUGUCCCAUGUUAAUCAACACUGUGAAAACUGGCAUCGGGCUACAAAUAGCAUAAAAUGCCCUGCAGCUCAAGGGCAUAAAGAGAGCGCAAAACUUAAAUCCAAAUAGGCUUCAAUGGUAUUUGCAGCUGUUCUCAUCAAUAUUGAAAGAAACAAAGCUGGAGUCACCACCGCCAUCUGGUGGUCAGAACCCCUUACUAACUUCCACAAAGCGAUCAGAAGGGAUGUGGACCUUGUUCCUUUGAAAGAGCUCGAUGGGCUCACCUCUCAGCUGCUCUGGAUUAACCUCUGCGGCAGCACGGGGCUGGCAGGUGUGACUACAUUCCUGCCCCACUUGGACUUGAGUAUAUUAGUGUGCACAUUCUUGCAUAUGUACAUGCAAAUAUGUUCUUCGGAGCAAUUCAUACAUGAUUGUCUCACAGACCCAAAACAUUAGAUUAAAAUGCAUAACUUCAUUCAGUACAAUUACGGAAUUAUCUCAGAUUCUGCUUACCUAUCUCUGGUUAGCACUUUGGAAUAAAAAGAGGCUUUGUCCCGUUGUGCUGCUCCCAGCCCAACUCAGGCAUGUGACAGCGUCGUAACUUCCCUCCAUGCAACUAGACCAAGACCGGCUCAGCUUGUUUGUGUCAUUGACCUGACAACCAUUUUAUUUUCUUAUUACAGCCCUGCCAAAACUGACGGACAGGUGGAAAAAAAACAUGGUUUUGUGUGUGAGAUACACAGCAAGGAUGGCCCUAAAAUUGUAUGAGGAAGCCGAUUAUGAUGCACUGCAACAACCACCGAGAGAAACAAGAGGAACCUUUGCUACCCCCAACAUUGAAUAAUGCCUCUUACCUUGUUUUCUAUUGACCAUUUUUUUUUUUUUUUUUUUAUAUAACAACCCUCCAUUUUUACUGAACUCAGAGGGUUGUUUACCAUCCAUGUUGUGUGUGGGACACCUAAAUCCACUGCAGCUCAAUGCUGCAGUAAAAGCAGCCCCACCUGUUUAUUGCUCAGAAUUGGUUCUAUUUGUCUAGUGACUGAAGAAAAAAAAGGGGGUGUGGGGGAAUGUCAGGUUUUGUGACAAUUCAGUGUGACAAUUAUCAGUGUUGUUGAUGAUGUAUUCUCACUAUUUUUGUUGAGAACCACUUUAAGCUAGUUUUUCCUCAAUUCAUUAUAAUUGUCGAGCACAGACUGCAUGUCUUUCCUGUGAAAGGACACAUUGUUGUCUUACAAAAGGUAAAAAAGUCAGCCAGCAAAUUUCAAACUGUGGCUGUCACAGUGUGUUUGUCACUAUAAUACAGAAUUGUCACUCUUGUACUGUGUUCUGUCAAAUACCUCACAUGUAACAAUCCUCUGGGCUUUGCUAGUCAGGGCGAGGAUAUUUUUUUGUGUGAGAAACAUUUUACCAGCCAUUGUUUACAUUUGAAGUGUUUAUUUUCUGCCCUUAGAUGAAAGCUGACGUGUAGUGUUUGAUCACGGUCACAAUUAUUUGUCCUGUUAACUUGGAGGCAGGAGAGUUUUAUAUUUUGUACUUUCUUUUUACACAGCACAUUGGAGCAACCACAAUCUUUAUUUUCCUACUGUACUGUAUAUUUACUGAUAUAAAGUUAUCGCUGUAUAUUUGUAAAUAUGUAAUUCUGUAUUGUAUGUAAAAUCAGAAACAGCUUUAAU